CACAGGCAUGUCAAAUCCCAAGAAUUUUCUGAAUGGAUUGGCAGGAUGUCCGCGCUUUCGUCGGAAAUAAACGAGAAGCAAUUUCCGUGAAACCGGCGAGGGGUUUGACUGGAUCCUCGACAUGGCGGCCAUUAUCACUGUGGCAUUGCUGAUGAUGAUUCCUACUGUGUCGACGAGCGGUGGGCUCUGGCAGUUUUCCGCAGUAUUCCCCGAAAGGUCCGACGUGAAUCACGUGAAGUUGCUCCCGCUGCGGUUAUCUCUGGACGCCCUGACGCUCUGCAUGCGCCUGGCCUCCACGGACCUGGACAGGGACGUCAUCCUGUUCUCGUACGCCUCUCAGUUCACCGCGAACGAGCUGCACAUCUGGCUCAGGCAAGAUGGGAGAUACGCCUUCUACAUACGGGACAUCGUCGCCCACUUCAAGCUGCCGCCUCUGGAUGACAUGCUGAGGCACCUCUGCUUCACUUGGGAGUCGGAGACCGGGGCCACCACUGCUUGGAUGGAUGGACAACCGUCGCGGACAAAGAUUGCGGCCCAGGGUCAGUCAGUGCAUGAGCCAGCCAUCGUCAUGAUAGGUCAGGACCAGGACAACCUGGGAGGCAGCUUUGAAGCCAAGCAGUCCUUUGUCGGCGUUCAAAGGGACAUCCACCUGUGGGACCGUGUUCUGACGGCCGACGAGAUCAAAUCCAUCGCUCAGGGCGGUGCCAGGCUGGGUGGUGACAUCAUCAACUGGGAUAGGGGGCAUUUUAAGGCAGAAGGGGGCGUCCAAUUCGAGCCUGUGCUCAAUUACUUUGAUUUGGCUUCGCGGCAAUCAUUCCGUUCUUGCAUGUAGUAUGUUGGAUGUAUACGCCACUUGAAAAGCAUCGCAUAUUAAAGUUGAAUCAGAGAUA